GCAGUGGGCGGACCUGAGAGCGCAGGGCGCGUUCACGGCGCGUUUGGAGCGGUACAUAAAAGAGUCCGCGACCCGCCGGCCGGUGGACUACAGACCGGAUCGGACCUGACGGACUCCGGGACCCGAACCACCGCCGGCUCAACUUUGGUUGAUUCAGGUCAAGAGAAGAAAUCUACGGCAAGGAGGAACCCCACAGGUCCCGGAGGUCAGAGGUCACCAUGGCCUCCCGUUCGGCUCACAUCUCCUCAGACAAGCGCUUCCUCAUCUUCUUUGACUUUGACGAGACCAUCGUAGACGAAACCAGCGAUGACAUGGUGGUGCAGACCGCCCCGGGUCAGCACCUGCCCAGCUGGCUGAAGGACACCUACGAGCCCGGCCGCUACAACGAGUACAUGCAGCGCGUGCUGGGCUACCUGUCGGAGCAGGGCGUCACUGAGAGCGACCUGCGCGGCGUCAUGGAGAAGAUCCCCGCCACCCCCGGGAUGCUCAACCUCUUCCAGUUCCUCCGCAUGCGGCAGGACUUCGAGGUGGUGCUGGUGUCCGACUCCAACACCUUCUUCAUCGAUUCGUGGCUCCGACGCGCCGGGGUCCGCCAGCUCUUCCACCGGAUCUUCACCAACCAGGCCACCUUCAACAGGAACGGGCGGCUGAUCCUGCGGCCCUUCCACUCCCACGACUGCCAGAGGUGCCCCGUCAACAUGUGCAAGCAGGCGGUCGUCAGGGACUACGUGGCGCGCAGGACGCAGGAGCGCGGUCGCCCCUACCAGAGGGUCUUCUACGUCGGGGACGGGGCCAACGACUUCUGCCCGACGCUCUUCCUUGGCACCCAUGAUGUGGCCUUCCCGAGAAAGCACUUCCCCAUGCACCAGCUGAUCACGGAGACCCACGAAGCCACACCUGGGGUGUUCAAAGCGGUGACGGUGCCGUGGGUCAACGCAGAGGAGGUGAUGGCGCGCCUCCGGAAACAUUUGGCAGAGUAGAGAGUGGGUCGGGGGGGGGUGAGUCCAGCCGGUAACUUUAGGCCAUAAUCUCAGGUAAAAUUGUCAGAAAUUUAAUGUUCAAGGCAAUAAAGUUCAUGUCAGGGCUGACGAUAUAUCAAGAAUUAUCAUCGUAACAUCAGGGAGCGCAACAUCUGCAAUAAGUCCUCGACAAAUAUAUUUAAAGUACCGUGUGUUCAUGUUCUGCAUGUUUGAUACAUUCGGUGAGUCCAACAAGACUCCCCUUGAGCCCCACACCUGGUUUACAUGAGAGCCGUGACGGAAGAGAACUCGGGUUUAUAAUAAUAAUAAUAAUAAUAAUAAUGUGUAUGUGUUGUCAUCAUUUAUGU